AUGAGCCUGAAACUGCAAAAGUUGCGCCAGCAAAUCGAAGGGGAAGAGCUUGACGCAAUCCUUAUCUCCGCACCUGAAAAUCGCCGGUAUAUGUCGGGUUUCGCAGGAUCGGCUGGCUGGUUGCUCAUAUCGCCCGACGAUGCCACUCUUGCCACCGAUUUCCGCUAUGUCGAGCAGGCAGGUAAUCAGGCGCCCGACUUCAGCAUCUAUCGCAUUCAGCGUGGACUCGGCUGGUUCCCAGAAUGGACGGCAGAGCAUGGCGUAAAGCGAAUCGGCUUCGAGAGCCAAGACGUAACCGUCUCAGUGCACAAUGCAUUCCUCAAGGCAAUCGAAGAAGCUGAAGACUCCAACAACCCCGAACUCGUCCCCACCUCCGGAAUCGUCGAGAAGCUUCGCGUCUUCAAAGACGCCGACGAACUCGCGCUACUAACCGAGGCAAUCCGCAUCGCGGACGAGGCAAUCGACGAAAUUGCGCCCCGCAUUGAGCCCGGCAUCACCGAAGAAGCCGUCGCAUGGGAGCUCGAAAAGGCUAUGCGGGAGCGCGGCGCCGAGAUGAUUUCCUUCGACACUAUUGUCGGUGCUGGCGCAAACGGCGCGCUCCCCCAUCACCGCGCAGACGAGACUGUUAUCAGGCAAAACGACGCAAUCGUCAUCGAUAUGGGCGCGAAGUACCAGGGUUAUUGCAGCGACCUCACGCGCACGGUAUUUGUUGGCGAGCCGGACGACAAGUUCCGCAAGAUAUACGACAUCGUGCUGCAAGCCCAACUCGCCGCCGAAGAGCAGGUUACGGCGGGCAUGACAGGCAAAGAGGUGGACGCCAUCGCACGCGACAUCAUCGCCGACGCAGGACACGGCGACGAAUUCGGACAUAGCCUUGGGCACGGCGUUGGCCUCGCCGUCCACGAAUACCCCCAUGUCGGCCCGACCGCCGAAGACGAUGUACUGGAAGACGGCAUGGUCUUCACCAUCGAGCCGGGCAUCUACCUUCCGGGGUGGGGCGGCGUCCGCAUCGAGGACAUCGUUGUCCUCGAAAACGGCAAGGCUCGCGUCAUCAGCAAGGCAAAGAAGCUCUAA